AUUUAUAGUAACUUAUUAAAAGUUUACGACGUGUAUAUUAAAUGUCGAAGUAGUUUCUUGUGCUUAUCGUCGAAAUGGUAAAGAUGCGCCAAUUUCUGGUUCCUGUAAUACUACUCGCAAUAAUAGCGCUUUCUUCAAGCAAUGUAAUUCCAAUUAUGUCUUUAUAUCAACAUAAAACAGAGCCAUUCCAUUAUAGCAGCCAAGAUGACAAUAUCCUUAGUAAUAAGUUUCAUAAUAGAAAUAUCUUGAAUGAAAUAUUUUAUAAUCAGCCAAUGAGAAUAAUGGAUAAAGAGAAAUAUCUAAAAGUCCGUAAACUACCAUUACUGAAGUAUUCCCAAUGGGAUAAUAAUGAAGACCAUACCGAUCUUAAUAUUAUAAAGAAAGACGAUAGUUAUAAUGGAGAAGGAUAUCGAAAAGAACAGUGGCACAACUAUCCAAGACAACUAGAUCGUCUUCACAAAUACUUACUUAAUAAUGUUGAUAAACGAAAUUCGAAUUCUGAUGAUACUGCAGACUACAUUUCUGAAAUUGACCCGAAAACCCUUGAUAGAAGUAAUGAUUUGACAACCAACGAAUUUCUUGUAUAUAAUAAUAACGAUGACUCGCCAAAUAUAUAUGAUACAGCCGUAGCAACUACUAACCCCUUUCUAAUUCUUAAAAUACGAUUAGCAUGUUUGAAUAAUAAACUAGAAAAUACUGACUUUACUAGAGACAUCGGCACUAUAUUGUCCGAAGCUCCUCAAAGUAUUGACAAAAAAGAAGAAGAAAAAAUACUUACAAAUGACUUAAACCCCUCUAUUGAUGCAGUCAAGGUAAAACGUGAAAAUUUAAAUGAAUCAAGAGAAAAAGAACUUACAGAUAAUGCUUUAAAUGGAAAAAGGUCAGUAAAAAAGAGAAUAUUUUCACUUUGGAGUCGUCUACAAAGUCUCAGUCCCAAGGGCCAUGAACUACAUCAUCGUCGGCAUUUACAGGCUCUGUACGGCUUACCAAAUGGUGAUGGAAGUGGGAUCAUAUCGGCGGAAACCAGAGCGACUUUAAUGCGACCUCCAGGAUCUCCCUUAAGAUGGGGUUAAACUUGCUUUAUUGGGUUGUUAUUACUGAUUAUGUUCAUAGUUUAUUCUAUACUUAUAUAUAAACGGAGAAACAAAUAUCAGUUCAAUGAUUAAUUUAUGAAUGCUUUAUUUUAUGUAAGAUUAAGAAAUUUCUUCUACAAAUGAGCUCCUAAGACUAAAGUCUGAAGUUAAUGAUAUUCAUAAAUCUUGCUUUGUUUACGAACAACGUGUGAAAUGAUAAUAGAGGAAUAUAUGAGAGACUACGCUUACUAAGAUCUAAUUAUAAUUAUUUGCAUAUAUAUUUACUUACGUAUUUCUCUUUUUUUAAAGGUGAUGUAAAGGUUUGGAGUGUAAUAAUAAAUAUGUAUUUUUUGUGAUAAUUUGUAGGUAUGCAUUUUUUGCUAAACUUUGAUACCUCAGAAGUUCGUUACUUAUUAAAUACAUAAUAAAUAGUUUAUUUAUUUGAAAGCAUAUUUUUACUUUCUGGGUGAUUUCAUAGAAUUUUGAUCGA